AUGACUGAAAUCAAGGAAAGCCACAAGGGAACUAUUGGAGUCCUCUUGGUCGACAACUUAGGACUUCCUAUUGAAAGUUAGGGGAACUUUGAUAAGAACUUAAGUGGGAUAGUAUCAUCAAUCAUGAAGAACGCAGCAAGACUCGAGAAGAUUUUAAAUUAAUCAGGAGACCAUAGAGGCAGCUCAGCUGAUAUCACUGCCAAAGUUUACUUUAACAAUGAAAACCUAGUAAUCAGACAUAAGCAAGGCUUGACCCUCGCAGUCAGAUAAGCAAAUUGA